UUUCUUUUAUAUAAAAAAAUAAAAAUAACAUAGGGUGGACUCCGCCUGUUUACGUCCUCUCUAUCUACGAUAACCCUUUUUUCACGAUUAACCGCCACUUUUGAUCCGUCGUAUCCCUACCAAUCUCAGUUUGUUAGGGUUUUGCGACAAUGACGAUGUCGCAAAUGAAGGCUCCUGUUGAUUUGGAUGAAGGAUGGAAUUACAUGCAGACAGGGAUAAAGAAGUUGAAGGAUAUUCUGGAAGGGCAACCAGAGCAGUUUAGCUCUGAAGAAUACAUGAUGCUAUACACCACCAUUUAUAACAUGUGCACUCAAAAGCCUCCCCAUGACUAUUCCCAACAGUUGUAUGAUAAAUAUAGGGAAGCAUUUCAAGAAUAUAUUCGCUCCACGGUGUUGCCAUCAUUGAGAGAGAAGCAUGAUGAGUUUAUGUUACGGGAGCUUGUGAAGCGAUGGGCAAAUCAUAAAAUUAUGGUUAGGUGGCUUUCACGGUUUUUCCACUAUCUUGAUCGGUAUUUCAUUGCUCGGAGGUCUCUACCUCCCCUAAAUGAAGUAGGCCUUACAUGUUUUCGUGAAUCGGUUUACGAGGAAACUAAGGGUAAAGCUAAAGAUGCUGUUAUUGCCCUUAUUGACCGUGAACGAGAAGGAGAGCAGAUUGAUAGAGCAUUACUGAAAAAUGUUCUUGGUAUAUAUGUCGAGAUUGGAAUGGGACAAAUGGAUUGCUAUGUGAAUGACUUUGAGACUCACAUGCUUACUGAUUCAGCUGCUUACUAUUCUCGAAAAGCAUCAAACUGGAUCCUGGAAGAUUCCUGUCCUGAUUACAUGUUGAAGGCUGAAGAGUGCUUAAAAAAGGAAAAAGAAAGGGUCAGUAACUAUCUACAUGCAAGCACUGAAACGAAGCUUACAGAGAAUGUACAAAAUGAGUUGCUGGUUGUAUACAGCAGUCAGUUGCUUGAAAAAGAGCAUUCUGGAUGCCGUACCUUGCUUCGUGAUGAUAAGGUGGAUGACCUCUCGAGGAUGUUUAGGCUCUUCUCAAAAAUUCCCAAAGGAUUGGAUCCCGUUGCCACUAUGUUCAAACAGCAUGUUACUGCUGAAGGAAUGGCUUUAGUUCAACAGGCUGAAGAUGCCGCAAGCAAUAAGGCAGAAAAUGUUGGUGGUCCACAGGAGCAGUUGUUUGUCAGGAAAAUUAUUGAGUUGCAUGACAAGUUCAUGGCUUAUGUUACCUUAUGCUUUGAUAAUCACACCCUAUUUCACAAGGCCCUGAAAGAGGCAUUUGAGGUUUUUUGCAAUAAAGUUGUGGCUGGCUGCUCUAGUGCGGAGCUACUGGCUUCGUAUUGUGACAACAUCCUCAAAAAGGGUGGUAGCGAGAAGUUGAGUGAUGAAGUUAUUGAGGAAACCUUGGAUAAGGUGGUUAAACUUCUUGCUUACAUCAGUGAUAAAGAUCUUUAUGCUGAGUUUUAUCGGAAAAAACUUUCGAGGCGUUUACUUUUUGACAAAAGUGCAAAUGACGAUCAUGAAAGGUUGAUCCUGUCAAAGUUAAAGCAGCAAUGUGGUGGACAGUUCACUUCAAAGAUGGAGGGCAUGGUGACAGAUUUGGCAUUGGCAAAGGAGAAUCACAGUCAGUUCAACGAGUACCUUUCCAAUAAUUCUCUUGCCAGUCCUGGGAUUGAUUUGACUGUCACUGUUUUAACUACUGGUUUCUGGCCUAGUUAUAAAUCUUCUGAUCUUAGUCUACCUGAAGAGAUGGUUAAAUGUGUUGAGGUAUUUAAGGAGUUCUAUCAGACAAAAACCAAGCACAGAAAGCUCACAUGGAUAUACUCUCUAGGCACAUGCAAUGUGAAUGGUAAAUUUGAUCAGAAAACCAUAGAGCUGAUCUUGGGAACCUACCAGGCUGCAGCUCUCUUGCUGUUUAAUGGGUCUGAUAGACUAAGCUAUUCAGAAAUCAAGGACCAUUUAAAUCUUGCUGAUGAGGAUGUUGUGAGAUUACUUCAAUCACUUUCUUGUGCCAAGUAUAAGAUUCUAACAAAAGAGCCAGCCUCAAGAACCGUUUCUCAAACUGAUUAUUUCCAAUUUAAUUCGAAGUUCACUGAUAGGAUGAGGAGGAUCAGGAUUCCUUUGCCACCUGUGGAUGAGAGGAAAAAAGUUGUGGAAGAUGUUGACAAGGACCGUCGAUAUGCUAUAGAUGCUUCCAUUGUUCGUAUCAUGAAGUCCCGAAAAGUUCUCAACCAUCAACAGCUAGUCUCAGAAUGUGUGGAGCAGCUAGGUCGCAUGUUCAAGCCUGAUUUUAAGGCGAUCAAGAAGAGGAUUGAAGAUCUGAUCACACGAGAAUAUUUGGAAAGAGACAAGGAGAACCCUCAGAUAUUCAAGUAUUUGGCAUGAUUGAAAAAAGUAGACCUUUAUGGAAGACCAGUGUUUGGUAAAUCACAUUUUGCUGCAAAGAGGUAGAGCAGGAGUCUGUAUGGUCACCAAUGAAACGUGACAUUCUAUGCUGAUUAUCCUGGGAGUACUGUAUUGCAGGCUCUGGGGGGAGGAUUGGGUUCUAAGCAUUACCUUUUGUGGAUAUUUUUACUUGACACGGUUUUGUGCAGUUGAAUAUUGAAUUCUGUUAGACCGCUGAAAAAUUAUUGUUAUUUGGUAGAAGUGCUAUUAAGUAUGCAAAAA